AUUAUGACCAUAAAAAAACAACUUCAAAUGACGAAGAAUUUAACAUUGUUACACGACUCGAAUGGAACGCAACCCCUGUAUUUUCUAUAAAUGCUGUAAUGAAUGCAGUACCGUACGUAAUUAUUCAUCAUUCAUUUACUCCAGGCGAAUGUCACACGCAAAAGCAAUGUGCUAAUGCAAUGAAAUCAAUUCAAAAUUAUCAUCGGGAGGUUAAUAAAUGGAAUGAUAUUGGAUAUAAUUUUGGUGUGGGUGGUGACGGCAGAGCAUAUCAAGGCCGAGGCUGGGGACAUGUUGGUGCACAUGCUCCAAAUUACAAUAGUCAAAGUAUUGGAAUCUGUUUGAUUGGUGAUUGGAGAUACUUUGUUCCACCCGAAAGUCAACUCGAGGUUACCAAAAAAUUAAUUAAGUAUGGCGUUGACCAAGGAUUCAUUCAAAGCAAUUAUACGCUAUAUGGACAUCGUCAAGUACGCAGCAAUACAGAAUGUCCUGGUGAUGCAUUAUACAAAGAAAUACAAACAUGGGAACAUUAUUCAUCCAUUGUUACACCAUAGCGUUUAAGUGCACAAUCAACUCUAAAAAAGAUUAUAUUGUUUCCAGAAAAAAUAAAUGUAAUUGAAAUUUUUCAUAAAUUUCUUGAUCCCAUUAAGUACAGAAAAAAAAAUUUUUUUGUGCAUCGAUA